AGCAGCUUUCUUCUGUCAAAGGAGGCUAUGUACCUGAGGAGCAAGUCUGCAGUGAUGGAGGUGGUGAAAGCAAACAAAAUGGUUAUGAUCUGCCUGCUGAUCUUCAAACUGCCAACGUUUGAGGUGGCCAGUGGUAAAGUGCUGGAGGAAACCUAUCGGAAGUGGGUCCAUUAUAAAGAGGAGUGCUUCAGAAUGAUAGAAAAUGAGCCGCUCAUCCAAGGGGGCUUAUUCUGUAACAGGACAUUUGACAGAUACGCCUGCUGGCCAGAUACUCCAGCCGGCAAUGUGGUAAACAUCUCAUGCCCUUUCUACCUGCCCUGGUAUAACAAAGUCUCCCAGGGUGUGGUUCAACGUCGGUGUGGACCUGAUGGCCAUUGGGAGAGAGACCACACCGGGCAGAUAUGGAGGGACAUGACCCAGUGUGAGGAGGAACACGAGGUCACGUCUCAGGAGCUGUGGGUCAAACAACUGAUGGUUGGCUUCAGGAUGUUUUACACUGUUGGCUACUCCCUGUCCCUCUUCACACUUGUCACAGCUCUCAUCAUUCUGCUGAGCUUUAGGAAACUCCACUGCACCAGGAAUUACAUCCAUGCCAACCUUUUCCUCUCCUUCAUACUGAGAGCUGUUUCAGUCAUUGUUAAGGACACAAUGCUGGAACACCACUGGGGGCGAGAAAUCAUGAAACCAAUGGAUGUGAAGGAGAUGCUCAGUCAUCAGGCUGCUAUUGGAUGCAGGAUAGCACAGGCAAUGAUGCAGUACUGUGUCUUGGCCAAUCACUACUGGUUCUUUGGAGAGGCAAUUUAUUUAUACUCUGUGCUUAUUGCCUCAGUGUUUAUCGACAACAACAAGUAUCUACCUUACAUCUGUCUUGGCUGGGGGACUCCUGCUGUGUUUGUGGUGCCAUGGGUAGUGAUGAAAAUAUUGAAAGAAAACAAAGAGUGUUGGGCUCUCAAUGAGAAUAUGAACUACUGGUGGAUCAUUCGUUUCCCUAUCCUUUUUGCUUCACUUAUCAACUUUCUGAUUUUCAUGAAGAUCCUGAAGGUGAUUCUCUCCAAAUUAAGAGCCAGCAACCAGAGUGGAUAUCCUGAUUACAAGCUCCGGCUUGCCAAGGCAACCCUUACCCUCAUCCCUCUGUUUGGGAUUCAUGAGAUCAUAUUCAUCUUUGCCACAGAUGAGCAGACAACAGGAGUUCUACGCUACAUUAAAGUCUUCUUUACGUUGUUCCUCAAUUCAUUUCAGGGCUUUCUGGUGGCUGUGCUCUACUGCUAUGCUAAUAAAGAGGUAAGGACAGAGCUGAAGCGAAAGUUACGUAGUUGGAGAAUAGAGGCUGCGAUCAUCUGCUGUGGACAGUGACUAGCCGUGCUUGAUUCUCGAGUGGACACUGUAUCCAUUGCCACAGUUCCAGAGCCCAAC